AUGAGCUACAAUAACAUCGGCUUGUCGACGGCCCGCGGGAGUGGCACCAAUGGUUUCAUUCAGCGCAAUGCGUCGGCGCUGCAGAUCCGGCAGGGCCCGCCAGGCGGCGCCGCGGCAGGAUACAAGAACUACGAGGACUACUUGAACGAGAUCGCCAAGCCGCCCGUCCACCGCGCGCCUGACGCAGGCAUUCUCGAACACGAGCGCAAGCGCCAGAUCGAGAUCAAGUGUCUUGAGCUGCGGGACAAGCUCGAGGACGAUGAUGUUGACGAGGACGAAAUUGAGGAGCAGGUAUCCGCCCUGCGGGCCAAGCUGCAGGCCGCCGGCGCGCCGAUCACGGGCCGGCGCGCGACGGACUCGCACUCGGUCGCGGCGGCAAAAGAGGCCGAGAUGGGCCGCCUGAAGCGUGCACUCAAUAUCCGCGCGGACUACGAGGAAGGCAAGGCGUUCCACCGCGAAACGGAGGAGGAGCGCGCUGAGCGCAUCGCCGAGAAGCGCGCGCGCGAGGAGGCGCGGAUCGAGGAGGCGCGUGAGCGCGAGCGCGCCGAGGCAAGGCGCAAGAAGGAGUUCGAGAAGAAGGAGCGCCUCCGCCGCCGCGAGGAGUACUAUGCUCGCCGGGACGCGGAGAAGAAGCGCCGUCGCGAGGAAGACCGCUCGCGCUCGCGCUCGCCUGUGCGCCGCAGGCGCGCCGACUCGGAUGACGACUCGCCGCCUUCCCGCCGCGACGCCUCGCCCCGCCGGGCGGCUCGUGACGACUCGCGCACGCCACCUCGUCGUCGUGACUCUCGUGACAACUCGCGCAAACCUCCUCGCCGUGACGAGCGCGACGACUCGCGCUCCCCACCCCGUCGCGCAGACUCACGCGACGAAUCCCGCUCUCCUCCCCCACGCCGUCGCAACGACUCGCUCUCUCCUCCUCUUCGCCGUCGCGACGAUUCACGCUCGCCAACACCCCGCCGUGCCGACUCGCGUUCGCCGUCACCUCCACCUCGGCGGCGCGACGAGUCGGACACACCGCCCCGUCGGAGGCGCUACUCUUCUGGUUCGGAUCGUGACUAGUGUGCUGGAGAGGCGAUGGCGGUUGAGGAUCCAGUCAGUGUCGGUUCGCAUUGUUCAUUCGCAGAUUCAUGUCAUGUGUAGCGUCGCCCAUGCUCGUGCGGGU